AUGGGGCUUAAAGAAUCGGUGAACAAUUUUAGGCGAUGUGUAACAGUUUUCGACACAGUUUAUCCGAACCACAUUCUGUUGAAGAUAUUCGGGUUGACAAUUUAUACCGUUUAUGGUGAUCCCAAGGAUGGUCGGGUUAAGAUCACAUUUUGGGAUGCCGUGGGAUUCUUCCGGCUGAUGGUGAUGGAGCUGUUUGUUCUGUAUGCUUCCUUGAUGAGUGUGCUGAAUCUUAAAUCUACUGGAUCGGUGAUUCUGGACAACGGAACUAGAUAUACUAUCGUCUUGGGAAGCAUCUACAUCACCCUUCUGGCCGUGUCCAACUACUGGAGCUACGAGAAAGCCAUAAAGUGUAAUGCACCAGUUAAUCAAGUGGCCCAAAAAAGAACAUUCCUUCAAUGCAUUGGCUGUGUAGUUUGUAUCUGGAUUUUUCUUGGAUUUGUUAACACGAAAGGAGCAAAUCAGGUAUCGGAAUCGCUAGAAACUCGCUUGGCUAUAAUUUUCAGCAGCCUGUGUUUUGCGAUUCCAUUCACAUUGAUCGAACUUCAAUUGUUCUGUUUCGGGUAUCUGAUCAGCUACCGGUUGAACCAUCUGAAUGAAACACUUUCGGUUAACUUCGUUGCUCCCGGGAAAAAAUCAACCCUGAUCCUUAAGGAACUUCCGGUACCAAGAAGCCUACAGGCCGAUAAAAGUAAGCUGUUGAAUGAACUCUGGCUUCAAUGGAGUAACGUCAACAAGGCGGCGCAGAUGACUAGCAAAGUUGUUAGCGGACAGUUGAUUUUCGUGUCGGUGGCUAAUGUUGUUAUGAACACUUUUUCACUUUUCACGCUUUAUCGAGCCUUGAUUUCUCAGGACUCUCAGCAGGAAUGGCUGGCUGUUUUUAAUGUUACAACUAGCGUUUUCCUAGGAAUUUUCGGGAUGGUAAUUAUUGAAAUAAUGGAUCGAAUCAAGCGACAGGGUGCAAAAACGGCUAUAUUGGUUCACAAAGCGUUUCAGAAUUAUGAUAACACCCCAAUUAAAGAAGAAUUGCUACAGUUUUCUCAAUACAUGAGUCAUCGGAAAAUUGUCAUUAACUGUUACCUGUUCGAAUGCGAUUGGACACUUGGAAUGUCGAUUAUGAGUACUAUGAUAUCGUACUUAGUUAUUCUUAUCCAGUUUGAUGAUUCAUUUGUUACAACAGUUGAAAAUAAAUGA